UUUCGCAGAGCUGUACGACGAUUACUAUUAUGAUGACUAUAAUUACAUGUUUAAUGAAACUCAUCAACUGGAGCAGGGAAAUCAGCCCAUUCGGGUGGUGUCCAUUGUCAUCUACAGCAUCGUGUGCAUCCUCGGUAUCCCAGGCAACGCCUUUGUCAUCUGAAUAGCUGGAGUGAAGAUGAAGAGGACAGUCAACACCGUCUGGUUUGUAAACCUGGCUGUAGCAGACCUCCUCUGCUGUUUCUCCAUACCCUUCCGCAUAGCUGUGAUCAAACUGGAACUCAACUGGCCGUUCGGAGAGGCUAUGUGCAAGGUUAUGCCCUCGGUAAUGUACCUCAACAUGUUCGCCAGCGUCUUCACUCUGGUUCUGAUCAGCCUAGACCGCUUUGUCACACUGGCAUGGCUGCAGUGUGGUCUGGCCUGGUUCCUGGCCAUGCUCCUCAGUCUCCCCGACAUGAUCCAUAAUCAGACCAUCAAUAUUGAUGACAACUUAAUUAGGUGCUGCAGUUCUUCCUUCAGCUUCUCCUCGCAUAUGCAAGCCAAAAUGUUCUCCAGGCUGGUCCUCGGCUUCCUCGUUCCCCUGUUGGUCAUCGCUGUCUGCUACCUGCUCAUCGGCAGGAGGGUGAGCAGAGGUCGCUUCAAGUCACAGAGGGUCUUACAGGUCAUUCUGAGUGUGGUGGCAGCAUUCUUUGUGUGCUGGCUGCCGUAUCACAUCAUAGUUCUUUUGAUUUUGUAUAGGUUAGAGUCCUUUGAAGUGGUGGCUCUGUACCCCCUGGGACGCUCUCUGGCCUAUGUCAACAGCUGCCUCAACCCUAUCCUGUACGUGUUCAUCGGACAGGACUUCAAGGAGAUUGUCAAGGUCUCUCUCCGUAAAGUAUUUGAGAAUGUCUUCAGCGAGGAUGUCUGAUAACGGGUGAUAAUUCUCCUGGGACGUAUUCAUAAUCAGCAUACUUAGGUGAUAGGGCAUGUGUUGUCUUUAUCUUCAUAAUAAUACAUGAAUUCUUAUGCUGGUACUUGAUCACAAAACAUGAU